AUGGCGACUUCAACUGGAGCACCUGUAGGUUCCCAAGUAUUCUCUGGGCAACAGGCUGAGUCACUAAUCGGACGGGAAUUGCAGAACCGAAACGGUCGGUUGGGAGACGCAAAGAAUACGAUGAAUCCUGUGAACGGUGAUGAGCUAUCAGCACCACAGAACGCAUCUCUUAGUCAAAGCCUUGGUAACGGCUCGAGUUGGGAUAUAUGGGGAAAACGAAGCCUUGCUCCCCAGAAGCCUCAGGACGAUCAUGUAGAGGGGAAAACUGGGUCGUCCGCUCUAGGAGGAGAAUAUGAUACCUGGCCGGUCCCGAAGCCGAAUUGGGUUGGAGGAACAUCCCCUGGCACCAAGACUAUCAACCAUCAUGCUUCUAGAUCCCCCGCCAGGUUCCACGAAGGAGCCAAUGGUCACCCAGAAAAUCGAAGCCGCCAGGGUAGUCCAUCGCCUUUCUUCAGCACAUCUUUCACUGGAACCUCGUCGUCACUUCUGGAUAAUGCCCGAGCCUCGGAAUCCCUGGAAAGUAACGAUAGCAGUGGACGAGGAAGGUCCACCGAUGGGAGAAAGGCAUUUGGCAAACACCAACGUUUCAAGUCUGUUGGACAGUCAGUUUUCGACGACGAUAGACGCAUCCACCCGAUGUUCAGUGGACUAGAACCCGAUACUCAACGUGGUCGCGUCAUGUCAACUUCUCACGCACUGGAUAUGAUGGGUAGUUUAGCUAGCCUUGGCAGCAACGUUGAUAGAAGCGAAAGCUUGCCCCCUCGUCAGAGAAACCACUCCAUUUCCCCGUACGAAACAACCGAGAAGGACGCCUUUGGUAACUAUAGCAUGAUACCGAAUCCCGUUGGCCAUCAAUCACAACAGUCACGAUCGAGAUUUGAGGAUUUUGCUGCGCCCCAGCAACAUGAUAGUGACAACCUCUCUACCUUCCGUCAUCUAUCUAUCGAUGAAGGGCAAGAUCCGUUCAGUGGAGAACGCCGACGCAGCCUUUUUGCACCAUAUACUCAGGCCCCAGUUCAACAAAACCCCUACCCCCGGCUCAGUGAGUAUACAUUCCCUCGAAAUGAGGUUAGUCAAAGAAGUGGAGCUUCGUCGUACUCGCCCUGGAACCGAGCUGAGCCACCACAAACCGAAAACUUUCAAGAGUACCGAAUUGGGUCUCAAUUUGGUAACAACUUCCCUGGUUCGGGUGAUAUCGCGAAUAACGGGUAUCGUCGAAGCAUCUCGGGUGCAUAUUUCUCUCAUGAGCCUGCUCCUGCGCAAAUGGCUGCUCGACACAACAGCGUUAACUUCGCCAAUACCGGCGCUAGAGACAAUGGCCAGCAGUUCUACCAGCCAUUUGGACAGUCAGUAUUUGACUCUGGUACUGCCUCCCCAUUCACGAGAAUGUCGUACCCCGGGUCUCCCAUGAGCACAAACACUGCGUCCCUAGCAACUCAGCCACGUCGCGGCGAGGAGCUUAAUUUGAGGAGCAUGUUGUUAGAGGAUUUUCGAAAGAAUGCAAAAACAAAACGAUAUGAGCUUAAGGACAUUUACAAUCACGUUGUUGAAUUCAGCGGCGAUCAACAUGGUUCCAGAUUCAUUCAGCAGAAGCUUGAGACAGCCACCUCAGACGAAAAGGAUGUCAUCUUUUCUGAGAUUCGACCAAAUGCCCUGCAACUGAUGACGGAUGUCUUCGGAAAUUAUGUCAUCCAGAAGUUCUUUGAACAUGGCAACCAACUCCAAAAGGCAAUGUUGGCGAAGCAAAUGGAAGGACAUGUUCUUAAGUUGUCUUUGCAGAUGUAUGGGUGUAGGGUGGUUCAAAAGGCCCUUGAACAUGUCUUGACCGAGCAACAGGCGACAUUGAUCAAGGAGAUUGACGGAAACGUGCUAAAGUGCGUAAAGGAUCAGAACGGCAAUCACGUUGUUCAAAAGGCCAUUGAAAGGGUUCCUGCCCAACAUAUCGAUUUCAUUCUGAAAGCGUUUAAGGGCCAGGUGCAAAGUCUAGCCACUCACCCUUACGGUUGCCGUGUCAUUCAGCGCAUGCUUGAACAUUGCGAUGAGCCCGCUCAAUCAUCGAUCUUGCAAGAACUCAAUAUGUGCCUCUACGCUUUGAUCCAGGAUCAAUAUGGCAACUAUGUCACCCAACACGUCAUCGAGCAUGGGAAGCCGGAAGACCGAGCUAAGAUUAUCCAUGUUGUCUCCCAACAUGUUAUCCAGUUCUCCAAACACAAGUUUGCUUCUAAUGUCGUUGAGAAAAGUAUUCAAUACGGAAAUGAGAAGCAGAGAAAGGAGGUCUUGGGUACUAUUACGGCACCUAAGAGUGCUGAUGGCCCCCCACCUCUCCAGACUCUCAUGAAGGACCAAUACGGCAAUUACGUGAUCCAGAAGCUAUUGUUCCUCCUCGACGAGGAGGACAGGGAUACACUUAUCGAAGCCAUUAAACCUCAACUGGCAAAUCUAAAGCGAUUUAGUUAUGGAAAGCAACUCAACGCUAUCGAGAAGAUGAUUGCUAGUUCAUCUCCCUCCUCGGGAGCUGCAUCGCCACCGACUCACUCUUCGGUUGCGGCUCUCCCGGUUCCGACCACAUCGGAGGCCUCCUCCUCAGCUUCAUUCCACCCUUCUGAACACGAUACCAUUAACAGCUCGCCACCUGACAAAUAG